AUGCUCAACAAUUACUUCGCGCUGAAGUCGAGACCACGAGCUUCCUCGAAGAUUUCGAAAAAUAUCAAAACAUGGCUUUCCAACAACAUAUAUCCGAUUCACGAGAAGGAAACCAAGUUCCUUGAUGCUGAGGACCUUAUAACUACGGCUGCAUCGCCCAAAUCUGUUAUUAGAGAGGUGUUUGAACGCUGGGUCUUGUGCCGUACAAGAGGAUUGUUCGGCCUGUUUCGGUUGAAGCCGAGGCCUAAAUCGGAUGAUCUUGACCCUGAUACAGUAUAUGGCAAAGAUGAGCCGGUCGACAUCUUUGCGUCCAUAUCCGUCUUCGUUGCCGCUUUUGCCAUGCUAAUUGCUCCCCUCUGGAUUCUUGCAGUUCUAGAUGACAUGUUCAAGAAACUUGGUGUUAUUACGGCCUUCAUAACUGGGCUUCUUGCUGCGCUGACUUCGGCCACUUUAGCGAAGCCCUUUGAGAUUCUGGCUGUUGCGGCAGGAUAUUCCGCUGUUCUCGUCGUGUUCUUGCAAAUCGGAGGAAUGACAAUUGCUACUUCCGGUAGUUGA